CUCCUUGUUUUGCUUUGCGGAUUUCAGAAAUGGAGGUUGGCUUAGCAGUUGGUGGUGCAUUUCUCUCUUCAUCUUUGAAUGUUCUCUUUGAUAGGCUUGCUCCUAACGGUGAUCUGCUCAACAUGUUUAAGAUGGACAAGCGUGAUGUUCGGCACUUAAAGAAGCUGAGGAUGACUUUGAUUGGUCUUCAAGCUGUGCUAAGUGAUGCAGAGAAUAAGCAGACAUCAAAUCAAUUUGUGAGCCAGUGGCUUAAUGAGUUUCGACAUGCUGUCGACUCUGCUGAAAACUUAAUGGAAGAGGUCAAUUAUGAAGCUUUGAGGAUCAAGGUGGAAGGUCCGCAUCAAAAUCUUGCAGAAACAAGCAAUUACCAGCAAGUAAGUGACCUCAACCUGUGCUUGAGUGAUGAUUUCUUUCUUAAAAUUAAGGAGAAGUUGGAAGAUUCUAUUGAAACAUUGAAGGAUUUGCAAGAGCAAAUUGGUGACCUUGGGUUAAAGGAGCAUUUUGGUUCGACUAAACAAGAAACUAGAACACCUUCAACUUCUUUGGUUGAUGAUUCUGAUAUCUUUGGUCGGCAGAAGGAAAUAAAGGACUUGAUUGACCGUUUAUUGUCUGAAGAUGCAAGUGGAGGAAACCUGACUGUAGUUCCUAUUGUUGGAAUUGGCGGCUUGGGUAAGACAACACUAGCGAAAGUGGUUUACAAUGAUGAGAAGGUGAAGAACCAUUUUGGUUUGAGAGCUUGGUAUUGUGUUUCUGAGCCAUAUGAUGCUUUGAGAAUAACGAAAGGGUUACUUCAAGGACUUGGCUCAUUUGACUCGAAGGAUGAUGGCAAUCUGAAUCAGCUACAGGUCAAAUUGAAGGAAAGCCUGAAGGGAAAGAAGUUUCUUGUUGUCCUUGAUGAUGUGUGGAAUGAUACCUAUAGUGAGUGGGAUAGCCUGAGAAAUGUUUUUGUACAAGGAGAUAUGGGAAGUAAGAUCAUUGUAACAACACGUAAGGGGAGUGUUGCUCAGAUGAUGUGUGCUGAUCGUUGCGCAAUCACCAUGGGGACUCUGUCUAGUGAAGACUCUUGGGCUUUAUUCAAACGACAUUCACUAGAAAAUAGGGAUCAUCCAGAACUUGAAGAGGUUGGGAAAAAAAUUGCAGACAAGUGCAAAGGGUUGCCUUUAGCUCUAAAGGCACUUGCUGGUGUUUUACGCGGCAUAUCAGAUGUGGAUGAGUGGAGAAACAUUUUAAAAAGUGAAAUAUGGGAGCAGGCAAGUUCUUUGAAAGGUAUAUUACCAGCAUUGAUGUUGAGCUACAAUGAUCUUCCUGCACAUUUGAAGCAGUGUUUUGCUUUUUGUGCAAUAUAUCCCAAAGAUUAUCAAUUCUGCAAAGACCAACUUAUUUCCCUGUGGAUUGCUAAUGGUCUUGUAAAGCAGCUUUGUUCAGGUAACAAAUGCUUUGAUGAGUUGAGAUCAAGAUCACUGUUCGAGAAGGUCCUAGAGUCUAAACGGAAACUGGGGGAAUUCUUAAUGCAUGACCUUGUCAAUGAUUUGGCCCAAAUUGCAUCUUCAAACCUUUGUAUUAGGUUGGAAGAGAACAAAGGAUCUCAUAUGUUGGAACAAAGUCGGCACAUGUCCUAUUCCAUGGGAGAAGAAGGUGAGUUUGAGAAAUUGAAACCACUCUCCAAAUCAGAGCAGCUGAGGACGUUGCUUCCAAUCAAUGUCAGUUACUUUUCUCAGCUAAUAAGCAAGAGGGUGCUGCAUAACAUACUGCCAAGACUAACGUCCUUAAGGGCCUUAUCAUUGUCAGGUUAUUGGAUUAAGGAGUUGCCAAAUGACUUGUUUAUCAAAUUAAAGCUCCUCAGAUUUUUGGACCUUUCUGAAACAGAGAUUGAAAAGUUGCCAGAUUCCAUUUGUGCAUUGUAUAACUUGGAGACACUUCUCCUGUCAUCUUGUAAAAAUCUUAAGGAGCUACCGCUGCAGAUGGAGAAGUUGAUCAACUUGCGUCACCUCGACAUAACCAACACUCUUCGCUUGAAGAUGCCGCUACAUCUGAGCAAGUUGAAAAGUCUCCAAAUGCUAGUGGGAGCCAAGUUUCUUAUAGGUAGUAGCGGUGGUUUGAGAAUGGAAGAUUUGGGUGAAGUACAUAACCUGUAUGGAUCUCUAUCAGUUUUAGAGUUGCAAAAUGUGGUUGAUAAAAGGGAAGCUCUCAAGGCAAAGAUAAGGGAGAAGAAUCAUGUUGACGAGUUAUUAUUGGAGUGGAGUAAAAGUAGUACUGCCGCCGACGAUUCUCAAACUGAAAGAGAGAUACUUGAUGAGCUACACCCACACACAAAUAUUAAACAACUCCAAAUCACCGGAUAUAGAGGGACAAAAAUUUCAAAUUGGCUAGCUGAUCCUUUGUUUCUUAAGCUUGUACAAUUGUCUCUUAGCAACUGCAAGGACUGUGAUUCUUUGCCAGCACUAGGACAGCUUCCUUCUUUGAGAUUCCUUUACAUUGGAAGGAUGCAUGGAAUAAAAGAGGUGACGGAAGAAUUCUAUGGUAAUUCAUCCUCCAAAAAGCCUUUUAACUCUCUUCAGAAGCUUGAAUUUGCAGAUAUGCCAGAGUGGAAGCAAUGGCACGUACUAGGAAGUGGCGAGUUCCCUUUACUUGAGUACCUUUCAAUUAAAAAAUGUCCGAAGUUGAUGGGGAAGUUGCCUGAAAAUCUUUGUUCUCUGACAAAAUUAAGAAUUUCAGAGACACCUCUUUCUGAGGAAGCUCAACUGUUUAGAUCCCAAUUUGAGGGAAUGAAGCAGAUUGUUGAAUUAUUUAUUUUUAAUUGUAAUUCUUUUACCUCCUUACCUUUUAGCAUACUGCCCAGUUCCUUGAAGAAAAUAGAGAUAUAUUGGUGUGAGAAAUUGAAAUUGGAGGAGCCAGUUGGUUAUUGUAACAUGUUUCUCGAGGAAGUGACACUCCAAGGUUGUGAUUGUAUAGAUGGGUUUCUCCCAAGAGCACGCAAAUUGUCUAUUUCGCGUUGCCAGAACGUUACUAGGUUUUUGAUUCCUACUGCCACUGAAAGUCUCUGUAUUGAGGAUUGUAAGAAUCUUGAAAUACUUUCGGUGGCAGUUGAGUCUGCGAUGACGUCUUUGGAUAUUAGGGGUUGUGAGAAGCUCAAGUGUCUGCCAGAAAUAGAGCUCUUCAAUUUACAAGUCCUUAAGAUCAGGAAUUGCAAGAAACUAGUGAACGGCCGAAAGGAGUGGUGUUUACAGAGACUCCCCUGUCUCACUGAGUUAAAGAUCUUUCAUGAUGGCAGUGAUGAAGAGAUCCAACAUUGGGAGUUGCCUUCCUCUAUUAAAAGUCUUGAGGUACAGAAUCUGAAAACAUUAAGCAGCCAAGUUCUCAAAAGCCUCACCUCUCUUCAAUAUCUACGUAUUGAGGGUAAUUUACCUUAUAUUCAGUCACUGCUAGAAGAAGGUGGGCUUCCCUCCUCUCUUUCUGAGCUACAUUUAGAUUACCAUGAUGAGCUCCAUUCACUACAUCUUUGCCACCUCACUUCACUUCUACGUCUACACAUCUCUAAUUGCCCUAAUCUCCAAUCACUCUCCGAAUCAACACUGCCCUCCUCCCUCUCUAAGCUGACCAUCUGGAGAUGCCCUAAACUUCAAUCACUCUCCGAAUUUGCACUGCCCUCCUCCCUCUCUGAGCUGUAUAUCUGGUAUUGCCCUAAUCUCCAAUCCCUUCCAGUAAAAGGGAUGCCCUCUUCCCUCUCUACACUAGAAUUUCGCAACUGCCCAUUGCUCAAACCACUACUAGAAUUUGACAAGGGGAAAUACUGGCCAAAUAUUGCUCAAAUUCCCACCAUAUUUAUCAAUUUGGAAUGCAUGUGAUGAUUAAAACAAAUGGUGCUCCCACUGAUUGUGGAAUGUCUUUUGCUCAAUCCACACAGAAAAUUGCUCAUACUUCCACCAUAAAUGUUGAUUGGGAGAACCUGUAAUGAUUAUCACGAGUGGUGCUCCGAUAGAUGAGAAAAAUGUACGUGUACAUUCUAAAACUUCAUAUGGAGCUUGCAAUGUAAUGGGAACGGAUGUUUAAAAUCUUUGCGGAGGUUGAAAUUCAUCUUUUUAUAAAGAUGGCCUUCUAACAAGCAUAAUAAGUAACUACUACAUUUUCAUGUUUUGAAAACUUCUCUUUUAAUAUUUAAUUUUUAGGCAAUUAUUGAAGGAAUUCAGCAAGUUUUCACUGAUUUACAUACUUUGGACUGAAAUAUCUCCACCAUAGAAGGCGAUAGAGAAUACAUUUAAUGAUUAAAGCAAAUGAUGCUCUCACAAAUGAUUUUGGUAACAGUAUAUGUAAGCUGUUACCGCUCUAGCUCAGUUUGUACCAGGAAAGUUCUGCUGCAAUUCUCUAUUGAAUAGACCGUUGCUAGAAUGUGGUCUGACAGCAAAGUAAUAUAAAUUAUGUUGUGCUUAUCAUCAAACUUGCUGCAAAUGGGACGUACAGCUCU